AUGGAUUCCUUGUUAUACAAGACGUACAACAUGGACGCCCAAGUUGGAGAGUCGUCGGCAUGCGCUACGGCGUUACUCUGCGGAGUUAAAGCCAAUUACGAGACUGUUGGCCUGGACUCCUCUGCACGCUUCGAGAACUGUUAUUCCAGUUAUGAUGCCCAUGUACCGUCCCUUAUCAAUUGGGCACAGGAGCAGGGUAAAUCAACGGGCCUUGUUACGACGACGAGGGUGACGCACGCGACGCCAGCAGCCCUUUACGCCCACGCAGCCAGCCGUUACUGGGAGGACGACGGCAAGGUGCCACCUGCUGCGCGGACCUCCUGCAAGGACAUCGCGCGUCAGCUGCUCGAGGACGAACCCGGCCGUAACAUCAACGUGGUGCUCGGCGGCGGUAGACGUCAUUUCGUGCCGAAAGUGGUCCAGGAUGUGGAGGAGCCGGAUAAAGAGGGACGACGAUUGGACGGAAGAAAUCUGAUCGAGGAAUGGUCGAGGAACCAUCGGCUGCGGAACGUGGCCGCGAAAUUCGUGGCGAACAAGGAGCAGUUCGACAACGUCGACCCACGGAAAGUGAACCAUCUGCUCGGGCUGUUCUCCUAUUCCCACAUGGACUUCAACGUUGACCGAAACACGAACGGAAGUGGCGACCCGUCGCUGGCAGAAAUGACGAUAAAGGCGCUUCGUAUACUGGCGAAAAAUCCCGAAGGUUAUCUCCUCUUUGUCGAAGGUGGCAGAAUCGAUCACGCUCAUCACUACAACAAUGCUUAUCGAGCGUUGGACGAAACGCUGGCGCUGGAGGAAGCGGUGAGGGCGGUGAUGAAGGAAGUGGACUUGUCAGAGACGCUUCUCGUCGUGACGGCGGAUCACUCGCACGUGCUCACGCUCGGUGGUCUGGCAACGCACCGUGGGAACCCUAUAUUUGGUUCUGACAGCAAGGUGUCGGAUCUUGAUGGACAACCGUAUACAACGUUGUUGUACAGCAACGGACCGGGAUACACGCACCCGAGGAAUAUUUUGCGAGAGGCUGGCAAGGAUUCCAUUCAGACGGCGGGGGUGCCUCGUGCCUGGGCGACACACGGCGGCGAGGACGUGCCAGUGUUCGCCAUCGGACCUCUGGCCAGUGUCUUGUUCUCCGGCAGCGUCGACCAGAGCUAUAUACCUCAUGCGAUUUCAUACGCCUCCUGUCUGGGUCACUACGCGAGCCGUUGCUCCCGAGAUUCCUCGUCCAGCAACGACACAAUGAGCGCCCCGAUAAGCUGCCCCUCGGCGGAGCCGAACAGCGCCGCGAUAUCCAGCGACGUGAUGAAUGACCAGGCCAGAAAUCCACCCACGAAAUCCGCCGCGUCUCUCGAACCCGUCGGCUUCCGUUCGCUGCCGACCUGCUGUAUUCUGCUGCCCCUUCUCCUUGCCGUUCUACCAUGCCCGCCGCUCCAGGGAACGAGUUAAUGCCCGUUAGAGCCUCUUCUGGUAAAUGGUUCUCAGUUACGUCCGACCUGAAACCAUUCGACCUGUCCCACCGAGAGCUAAGCUUCCGGCUAAUCCGUCAGAACGGAGGAGACAACAGGUGACGCAACGAUGAUCUCUCAGUCUCGUUUUCUCUUACUCCUAGACUAACUCGAGGAGCGGAAGAAAGCGGAGAACGAAGACGACGAAGAGACACAUUGAGAAAGAAUUUUGGUUCAGGUUUCGAAUCGGGUAACUCGAUCGAAUCAGCCGGACGAGGGGUAAGUUCGAAAGGUCUGUCAAGUCUCUCCCUCGAUGGAAGUGAUCCGCGGGAACCUCGUUGUGUAUUAAACAGCAGGAUGAGCGACUUUCGAGGAGAGAAAGAGACAGAGAGGGAAAUAAUGGGGGAGCACGAGAGCCAGACACCGUGUGGCUCAUAUAUUCGAAUUUCCGUGCACGGGGACACGGGUGAAUAAUUUAUCAGCUCGAGCUCUCGAUCGAGAGAUGUGUAACGCGCCUAUUCUCCGAUGGAAGCUGUUCAGAAAAUCCAGGAUAUAGAUUAAACGGACGGUUAACGUACGGCGAGAGAGGCUGUCUCUUAUCUGGGUGUUGCGCCCUCGUGAACGAGAUUAACCCCGGAGCCUGCUACUUCCUUAGGCACAGCGUCGCGAGAAACGUGUAUCCACGUGGAUCCAAGCAGCCUCGGUUAAUCAGCGUCAAGAGUCAAUAGAUAAUCUUGCAUGCUACGCGAUCCCGGAGACGCUCUCUCUCUCCGAAACGCUCGAACAAUCGACUGGAAAAUUAUAGAGCGAAACUACGGGCGUGUCAAGCAUAGGGCGUUUUGCAAACGGGGACACACGAUAGAACGUGAAGUGGUAAUUUGUCGUGAAACGGAGGUGUGUUCGAAAAUAUGUGUUUCGAGACGUUUGUAGAAGAGACGUACGAGAGAGUCUCCUUCCCUCUGUCUCUCUCUCUCUCUCUCUCUCUUUCUCUCUUUCUCUUUCUCUCUCUUUCGCGGUUGCGCUCACUUCAACGAACAGUUAAUGACCGUUCUUGCCUAAUUUCGCAAAGAAUUUAGUGCCACCCGAGCGCGCGAGGGCGAGGAGAUCCAAAGCAGUUCAAGGGACAAUUUGCGACGAUAAUGACUAUCCCACGGCAGCUCGGUGAACUUUGCCGACUUUCAAAGCUUUCACGGAAUCUAAAUGGGGUUUACAAGUGCUACGUGACGAGGAUACUUCAUCCGAGAUCCGCGAGGAGUUCCCUAGAACCGAUAGACUCGGCUCCCGGCUCGAUUAAAGGGACGUCGAGCGCGUCGAUUCCGACGCCGAUCGCGUCGAAUCAAAGUGUUGGGGAAGUUGCUGGAAAUUUGUGAAAGUGAUUGUUAUGCGAGGCUGUUGUCACACGUUACGUUAUAUCGUGCUUGGUUCCCAGAGUGCUUUUCCAAGUCGCGUGUUGCGCUAGAACAUCCCGCUCGAUAGCGCAUUCGACGUUGAACAAAUUAUUUAAAUGUAAGAAAUACAUCGAUCGAUUGGAACUGAUCGUACCGGUUGUUUCAUUCGGUUAUUCUCCGUUUCAGGGAAAUGUUAUUCCUUCGAUUUUGAUUCCGCAACGACGGAGAUGAAAAGAAUGAGAGAGAGAGCGAGAGAGAGAGAGAGAGAGAGAGAGAGAUUCAAAGAGAAGAAUAUUUCGACAGGGAAAUGAAUUCUCCCUGUUUCUAUUUUUCCCUUUCGUUCAAUGUUGUUUCUAUUUUAUCGGUACUUGAACGUAUCCAAUUGCGCGGGCAAUUUGCACGAGAGCGAGUGGACUGUGAAUUUGUAUGAUAAAAUAGUAGCCGUUUCAUCGACGACUUCGUCGCUAUCAUUUUUUCGAAACGUUUCGUUUCCCCUGUUCGUUAGCUCGAAUUUGUCGGAAUUUGUUCUACACCAGCACACGCCAAGCGUAGAAAGUCGAAGGAUCCGUUUCAAUUAUCCUUCGACUUUCAAACGGGUUUUAGCUUCGAAAAUAAAUCGGCCAGAGUGCGUGUGUGUAUGUAUAUAUAUAUAUAUUUGAACGGUCAAGUUCGCCGCGCAAACGAAUGAAAUGCAAAUAAUAUCGGAGCAGUUAUAACAGGCCCCCUUUCAUUAGCAUUCGAAUGGAAAUUUCGAGAUUCGAAAAUGAGCGACGACCGAGACACUCAAGAAAACCGCGUUUAAUUCAAAUUUAUGAUAAUUCGCUCUGUGAUAUCGAGUUUAAUAGCGAUCUCUGGUCUGGCAUGGAGUUUCAAGGAAACAUUCGGAGACCUCUUUCUCUCUCUGCUAUUUUCCUUUUUUUUUCUUUCUUCUCUUUUCCUUUUUCUUUCCUUCCUUUUUCUAUUUUUGGAUCGAACGUUCGAUCAAAGCGGCGAUUAGAUCGGUCGUGUUCGCGAUAAAAAUGCAGAGAACCAGAAAGAUUAAGGGCGAAAGAUUCACGAUCGAUCAGUUCUGACACAAACGACCUUCCGCGAAAUCAGAUUCGCUUUAAUCCUGGAUUACCAUUCGCGUUGAAAAGGAGAUUCCUCGGGCACUGAGCCAUCGAAAUGAAGGUUUUUAACACGUAGUCCGGAUUCUGGUACGACGAAUAACGUGUCAUUAUCACCAGCUGUAAAAUUAAAUUCGAACACACGGGAUGAGUUGUAAUAAUUUAAACGAGGAAAGGGAGACUAGUUCGGAUAAAUUUGAAAUGUACCAGAUAAUCUCGCGUUUCAAUUUCUCAAUGCAAAUUUCAAACACGUGUCUCGUUUAAAUACGUAUUUAUGAAAUUUAUGUCGAUUGUCUGCAUUAUAAUAAAACUUGGAUUGUCUGGCCCUAUAAUCUAUCCUUUCGAUUUUUCUGAGAUUAUAAAAUUACAAAUUUUUUUUUUCAUAAAUCAGUCCCUCCUGUCUAGGAUAUUUCUAAACGCAUAAUGUGAAUUCAUUAUACUGGACUAUCGAUUCAUUGGUAUUUAAAAAUUUAAUUCCUCCGAUAUUUUCUUCGUCGUUCUA